AUGUCUUCGGCUCGGGUGGAUUACAUUGCGCCCUGGUGGACUUACUGGCUUCACAAUUUCCCUCAUAUCAACCUGAGGUUGCAGCCCAUUGACAACAGCUUCCAGCCGGAAGAGGAGAACUACCAGCAGUCUCUCAUAUUCCUGGGCUGCGUGGCGGCCGCGGGGCUCGGCCUCAACCUGCUGUGUCUGGCCGUCUACCUGAGCUGCUUGUGCUGCUGCCACAAGGACGAAGAGGAGGAGAGCAAGAAGACCAACUCCUGCUGCGUCACCUGGUCCGCUGUCGCCGCCGGCCUCAUCACAUGCAUCGCGGUGGGUGUGGGUUUCUACGGCAACAGUGAGACCAAUGACGGCGUGUACCAGUUGACCUACUCCCUGUACAACGCCAAUCACACGCUGGGCGGUGUGGAUAGCCUGGUGACUGGAACCAUGGGCAGCAUGAAGAGCGGCCUGCACGAGCACCUCGCCAGGCUGGACGAGAUCUUCGCCACGCGGGGCGACUACGUGCAGACCCUGCAGUUCAUGCAGCAGAUGGCCGACAACGUGAUCAAACAGCUGCUGGGCCUGCCCGACUGGGAGGAGGCGAAGGUGGACCUGGCAUCCAUCGCCGAUCAAACGGCCAACGUGGAGUACUACAGGUGGCUCACCUACCUGCUGCUCCUCAUCCUGGACCUGAUCAUCUGCCUGCUGGCCUGUCUGGGGCUGGCCAAGCAGUCACGCUGGCUGCUCACCACGAUGAUGGUGUUUGGGGUGCUGACGCUGGUCCUGAGCUGGACCUCUCUGGGAGCCGACCUGGCCACUGCUGUGGGCACAAGUGAUUUCUGCGUGUCUCCUGACAAGUUCCUCCUGAGCAAGACAAAGGGCGUCAUCGGCUCGGAUAUUGUUCAUUACUACCUUUACUGCAACCAGACCCUCUCCAACCCCUUCCAGCAGCCCCUGACCAUCUUCCGGAGGUCUCUGACCACCAUGCAGAUCCAGAUCCAGGGUCUGCUGCAGUUCGCCGUGCCUCUGUUCCCCACAGCUGAGAGAGACCUAGUGGGCAUCCAGCAUGUGCUCAACUCCUCGGAGGCCAGUCUGCACCAGCUCACCGCCCUGUUGGACUGCAGGGGGCUCAACAAGGACUACCUGGACGCGAUGGUGGGGGUGUGCUAUGACGGGGUGGAGGGUGUCCUCUACCUCUGCCUCUUCUCCACCCUGGCAGCCUGUGCCUUCACCGUCAUGCUGUGUGCCAUUCCCAGGGCGUGGAGACAAAUUGCCUGCAGGGAACGAGAUUACGACGACAUCGACGAGGAGGAUCCAUUCAACCCGCGGGCGAGGAGGAGGAUCCCCUCUCAGAACCCCAACCUCCCCAACAUGCACAGCUUCUGCAGCUACAGCAGCAGCAUGGGCAGCCAGAACAGCCUCCACCCGCCCGCCCCCGCCGUCUCCGCCGCCCCCGUGUCCGAGUACAUGAACCAGGCGGCUCUGUUCGGGGGGAAUCCGCGGUACGAGAACGUCCCGCUGAUAGGACGAGGCUCGCCACCCCCCUCGAUAUACUCUCAGCAGUAUAGAAACCGAUACUCACCCAGCAUGCGCGCCACCUAUCUGUCCAUGACUGAGGAGCAGAUUAGACACUUUGGGAACGACUUCCAAGCAUAGACUUCUUUAUCUGAACGCGAGAACGGAAACGGCAUCCCGCACAGGCGCUCUGCAGACAAACGGCGCGAGGCCACUACCAGGAUCACCAAGGCCACUCCCACCAUCAUGGAGGCCACUCCCACCAUCAUGGAGGCCACUCCCAUCAUUACGAGGCCACUCCCAGCAUCACCGAGGCCACUCCCAACAUCACCGAGGCCACUCCUAGCAUCACCAAGGCCACUGGGGGGGGUUUUGAGGGAAGAUUUGACUUUGUCUUUAUGUACCUGAGGAUUAAUUUCUCACUGCAGUAAAACAUAGCAAAGCGUUCACUAUAAAGUAAGAACAAAUCUGACAAUUAAAAAAAAAACUAUUCAUCCCUCCCUUUUUUUUUUUUUACAUUACAAAACUUCCAUUCAGGUCUCCAAAGAUAAAAAUGUGAACAUG